AAAGCACGAAAUACGUAAAAUACUGUUUUCAAUUUUUUUUUUUCUUGUAAUCCAAGUUGACUUCUGAUAUUAUUAGAAUAAUUAAUUGUCUAAUUGUUUAUUAUGCUAUGAUCCCAAAGGGUAUUUCAGUUACCUCGCGCUGGGUAUCGCGUCUUCCCCCCUUCGCGCGCCGUGCUCUUCAAGUGGAUCAAAUGGAAUUUGAUUCUGCGCUUUCACAAAUGUACUCCCUUUGUAUCAAGCCAACAUUAGUUUGCAAGAUGAGUAAGGCUCGAAAAAUGACCAAAAACCAUUAUUAUAGAGAUGAUCCUGCCUUUUUGGUGAUACAGCUUCUGUUUAUUUUGCUAACAACCUGUGCGUACGGGGCCACAUUUGCUGAAUCCCUUUCACAAGUUAUUGGCUGCUUUUUAUACGAGAUAUUUGUGGUCUAUUACUUGUGUGGAGUACUCUUUGCAUCCCUUAUUUGGAUCACUGUAAACCGCUUUUUAGUCGAUCCAAGUCAGAUCAGCGAAGCUUCUCGAGAGACGGAAUGGCAAUAUUCUUUUGACGUGCAUUGUAACGGUUAUUUUAUUUACUUUAUAUGGACAAAGGUAGUCCAAUUCCUCCUUUUACCAGUUUUGUACUCUGAUCGUUUCUUUAUAUCACAAAUUCUUUCAAAUAGUCUAUAUCUUUUGGGGGCGGCUUUGUACUUUUACAUUGUAUUUCUGGGAUAUUUGGAGUUCCCCAUGCUUAUACAGCAACAGCGACUCAUGUAUCCUGUUCUGGUGCUAAUACUGCUCAUAGUUAUUAUUACCCUUUUCUCGCACACAAACUUGGCCAUGUGGAGUAUAGAUUUUUAUUGGCUACCAGCUGGAAAGGGCAAUUGA